AGAGCAGGUAGAUAGCCAAGUCAGCCAAUCCAACAUUCCAUCCACUUGCGAAUGCGAUCGAUCGCGAGCAAGGUGUAGUUGUCUGUGGUAGCAAGCGCUCGGUGGGUUUGAAAAUGGCUCUUUUCAGGAUUACAUCAACUAGAUUAGCGGAGUUGCAGAAAGUAUGCCCGACAGCAUCGAUUCUGCUGAGGGGGUUGAGCGCGGAGUCAACCAACCUCAAAAGCGUUCUCCAGGAAAAAAUCCCCAAAGAGCAGGAGAAGAUCCGGGAGUUCCGUAAGAAACAUGGCGGCACCAAAGUUGGAGAGGUCACUGUUGAUAUGAUGUAUGGUGGUAUGCGUGGCAUCAAGGGCUUGGUGUGGGAGACAUCCGUCUUAGACCCUGAUGAGGGUAUUCGAUUCCGCGGCAUGUCUAUCCCUGAAUGCCAGCAAGCUCUGCCCAAGGCCAAGGGUGGCUCUGAACCACUGCCUGAAGGUCUUUUCUGGCUUCUCGUGACCGGAGACGUCCCCACCGAGGCUCAAGCAAAGGCUCUGUCCAAAGAAUGGGCACAAAGGGCUGAGCUGCCAGCGCACGUUGUUACCAUGCUGAAUAACAUGCCGAGCAAGCUUCACCCGAUGUCACAGUUCUCGGCCGCCGUCACCGCCCUCAACAGCGAAUCCUCGUUCGCCAAGGCCUACUCAGAGGGUGUGCACAAGUCCAAGUACUGGGAGUAUGUAUAUGAAGACUCGAUGAACUUGAUCGCGAAGCUGCCCGUGAUCGCUGCCACCAUCUACCGCAACACCUACCGUGACGGCAAAGGCAUCGGCGCCAUCGAUGACAACAGGGAUUGGUCCGCCAACUACUGCACCAUGCUCGGAUUCGAAGACCCUCAGUUCACAGAGCUGAUGCGUCUCUACCUCACCAUCCACAGUGACCACGAAGGUGGCAACGUGUCGGCCCAUACCACACACUUGGUAGGCUCUGCCCUGAGUGACCCUUACCUCUCGUUCGCCGCCGGCCUCAAUGGUCUGGCUGGACCACUCCAUGGUCUCGCCAAUCAGGAGGUGCUGAUCUGGUUGGAGAAGCUUCGUAAGCAAGUCGGUGACAACUUCACCGAGGACGGCCUGAAGGAGUUCAUCUGGAAGACCCUCAAGUCCGGACAGGUUGUUCCCGGUUACGGACACGCUGUCCUCAGGAAGACUGACCCCAGGUACACAUGCCAGCGCGAGUUCGCCUUGAAACAUUUGCCUAACGACCCUCUGUUCAAACUGGUUGCCGCUGUCUACAAAGUUGUGCCCCCGAUCCUAACUGAGCUUGGCAAGGUCAAGAACCCGUGGCCCAACGUAGACUCUCACUCUGGAGUCCUUCUACAGUACUACGGAUUGAAGGAGAUGAACUACUACACUGUGAUGUUCGGCGUGUCGCGUGCUCUCGGAGUGCUCGCUCAACUGAUCUGGUCUCGUGCUCUCGGCCUACCCAUCGAGCGACCUAAGUCCCUCAGCACUGAACUGCUGAUCAAACAGCUGGGCAAGUAACCCUAACACGAACAACAUAAGUUAAUUCGUUCAGGCUAGAUUGUAAUACGUGCUUCAGGUAGUAAACAUUGUAUCCCUGAACGUAACUACCAACGGUUUGAUUCACACAUUACACCAAUAGUCAAUUUAGUGAUAUUUUAAAGUUUGUACCAAACAGUCUUUCAAAAUUAUUAAUAUUCUUAAACUUAUUUAUUGUCAUCGUAGAAUUAAGCGUAAUUGAUGCAUUUUUAUUUGCGUUGUUUUUAUUAUUAUAAUUAUUGUUGAGAAUAUUAUAAUUUAUAUUAUUAUACCAAUGUGUACUUAUUUCUGUGAUGAAAAUAUUGUUUCAUAUUUUUACUGUAUUUUUAGUACUUGAUUAACAUUUGUAAUUAUUUGUAUAUUGGACAAUGGAUUUGACAAAUUGACUUUGUGGUGGUGUGACUCAACUGAUAAUUCCACGUAGCUGCCGAAACAAGAAGUAAAUAGAAAAUGAUAGUUGGUCACUUAGGUCAUUUUACUUAGAAACUUUCAUAACGAAUAUGCAGUAUGCUGUGCAUACUGUUUUCUUAGUUCAAAUGCGAUAUUCAUUUUAUCGUAAUAUUUAUAAAUCAUUUGCAUUAUUACUUCAAAAUUUGCAGCUAACUCAGUAUUGUUUAUUGUACUUAGUUCAUUGGUAGGUCAAUUAUGAACGGUUUUUUGGAACUUAUGGUUGGUAUUCUAGGGACUAGGUGUGUGUUAAUUGCUGGUUCUAAGGGAAGUACUGAGUAAACUAUUGUUUCGUGCUGCAGUUAAGUCUUUUAUUCUUCAUUCUAUAGCAAUUCUUUUAGUUUUACUGUAAUUUUAUCAACUUACCAAAGUAUUUACGUGUGUAAUGUAGAUGCUUUAAGGGGGGUAAUAAUUAAUUGAUAUACACAGCCUAAGCAAACAAGCAAUAUUAACUAAUAUGUAGACAUAAUGUAGCAAUCAGUCGCAUCAACACCUCGCAAACGGCUCUAAAAGUAUUGUUGUCGCAAUUAGUUGUAAUAAAUUGAACAAACAAUGUUAAAUAGUAACAAUACGCGUUCCACGCAUUAUGAACCUUUACUGUCUAGUGCUGAUAAUGCGACGUAUACACGAACGAUCCAAUAUUUGACAAUACUAAAAUAAACUGGUAUGGUGUAGUA